ACCGGAAGCGGCCGUUGCAGGAGGUGGCUCGCGCGGGCUAUUUGAAAGCGGCCGCUCGGCGGGAAGAGAUUACGGCCACCUUGGAAUAUACAGAUUACGGCAAGAUAAUGCAAAGAGUUUCAAGGUUAAAAAAAGAACUACAGCUAUUGGCAAAUCAGCCUCCUCCUGGUAUUUCUUGCUGGCAGAAUUGUGAUCAAACGGAUGAAUUACGAGCACAAAUUAUGGGAGGUGCUAAUUCACCAUAUGAAGGUGGAAUAUUUAAUCUUGAAAUUAUUGUUCCUGAAAGAUACCCAUUUGAGCCUCCCAAAAUCCGUUUUCUUACUCCGAUCUAUCAUCCUAACAUUGACACGGCAGGAAGGAUCUGCUUGGACAUCUUGAAGUUGCCUCCAAAGGGAGCCUGGAGACCAUCUCUUAAUAUCUCCACUGUGUUAACUUCUAUUCAUUUAUUGAUGUCAGAACCUAAUCCAGAUGAUCCUCUCAUGGCUGACAUUUCAUCUGAAUUCAAAUAUAACCGGCAGUCAUUUCUGGAAAAUGCAAAACAAUGGACAUUAAAGCAUGCAAAACAAACUAAGGCCAAGGUGUGUUUUAAUAUUUGCAUAGAGGUACCUGAAUGCCUCAAAGAGAAUCUGAACCAGGUGGAACCAGAUGUGACGAAGGAUAGAGCUGCAGCACGAAAAAGAUCUGCCUGUGAUUCUGAAAAUGGCAAAAAGUUUUGUUUGUGAAUAGUGUGUUAUUUUUGUGUUAAUUUAUGUAUGUAAUAUCCUGUUUUUUGUUAUUUAACUGUAAUUACUAACUAUGUUAGCGAACCACUAUGAAACUGCUUGACUAUGUUACUGGUAUAUGAUGGAAGUGGUGGGUGAAGGACACCUGAGGACAUUUGUAAAUCGUUGAAUGCCGUAUUUGGAUGCAGAUUGGAACCCAUAGCGUGAAAGUCUAGCUAAAGUAAGAUUAGAAAGAAUUGGGCAACAUGUAUGCCAGAGAGAUGAAACAUUUCAAAUCGAAAGACUGCUGCUUUAUUUGCCCUGUGCUUGGUCUAGGGAAGGCUAUUGAUGAAAGACCUCAGAAGCUUGGCAUUCAAGUGGCAGUAGAUGAACUUGUUCACCCUUGAAUGGAAUAGAGAUGUUUGUCACAGGGUUGGCUGAAGUUAAUUUUGCUCCACAACAUAAUCCCUCGCGGUUGUAAGCCAGCAUCUGCAGUUCCUUGUGUUUCUAUAUUAACCAAAUUUCUUAUGCAUUUGCUGGAAAAUUAGUAUGUUAAGGAUGCUGCCUUCUUGGGUGAAAAUCAAAAGUAAAUUUGGGCUAUUAAGACAUAUACUGAUUUGCGAACAAGGAACUUUCAGUUUGAUUUCCAGCAUUUACAGAAAUGUAAUCUUACUAUUUGUUUCCUGGUAUUGUCAGAACUGUUAGAUUGACACAUGAAUUGAUCAUUAAACGACACAAAAAGCUCAA